AUGGCCGAGUCCAAACCGUCUCCAGCCCCGCCUGGUGGCUCUGGUACAAAUGAAGCUCAGCAAAAGCGGAAAAAUGUCGGCACAGCGUGCUCGGCCUGUAAAACACGCAAGCUCAAGUGCUCAGGAACCUCCCCAUGCACCAACUGUAUCAAGAACAACGUCGAAUGUACCUUCGACGCCAGCGCCGAUAAACGCCGCCGCGGCGCUCUAAAGCGCAAGGUCAACCAGCUCGAAGAGAAAGAGGAUCUCCUGGUUCAGCUCGUCAGCACCCUCCGCGAGAGCGGCACCCGGCGCACCAUCCAGCUCCUCAACCUCAUCCGCAGCAACGCCUCCCUCGCCGAAAUCCAACUCUACAUAGACACGCAGCUGAAGUCCGAGCUGGAGCAGACACCGGAGCUGAUCGAAGUGUGCAAUGAGAUACAACGGUUUGAGCAGAUGGGGUCGCGGUCGCGGCGUCGUAUUCUCGAUGCGCAGAGGGCUCCCGUGGAGCCCUUGUUUCGCGUGCCGGCGGCGCCGUGGACGACCGUCACCGAGGAUGACGACCAUGUAUCACAUUUAAUUUCGCUGUGGUUUACUUGGGUUCAUCCUUUCUACAACUGGAUCGAUCGGGCGUUGUUUCUGCGGGACAUGCAGUCAGGCUCAUUGGACUCGAAAUUUUGUUCGUCAUUUUUGGUGAAUGCCAUCCUGGCCGAUGCGUGUGCAUACGCGGAUUGUUUGGAGUCAGGUGCUUCUUCGAGAGACGCGGCCGCCCAGGGUGCCCGCUUCUACAACGAGGCCAAACGAUUGCUAGACAAGGAAGAAGGCAGAAUCACCCUUGCGACUGCCCAAGGGCUGGGAGUUUUAUGGAUAUGCGCUUCCAUGACCAGGAAAGAUCGGCAUGGCUGGAUUCAUCAGAGCCAGCUUGCGUACGCCGUUCAGGAACUAUUUCCGAGCAUCACAGCUCCCAAGAAUGCCGACGGUGAGGCUCUUGACCUGGUCCGAGCGGCCAAUGUAACAAUCUGGGGUUUGUUCAACAUCGCGAUGACUCAUGCUGUAUCGAGUAAGAAGGCGCCUUUGAUUAAACCGCCGCGAAAGCUAUGCCUCCCGCAGAUCACCCAUGACCCGGACGCCGACCUGUGGGUACCAUAUCCAACCGAGUCUGAAAAAUUGCAAGCGCAUACGAUCUGUACGUUCCGAGCCCUUUGUAGCUUGAACGAAAUCGCCUACGAUAUUACCUACCCCCAUUUUCACGGGGAAGUCCGCUCGGCAGAGGCGGAAAAGACCGACGAAUUGCAACGACGACUGCGAGAGUGGCAAAGCGAUCUACCGCCCUGCUUGAAGGAAAGAGACGCUAUUGAGGUUCCGCACGUCUUAUGUCUUCACAUGUACCAGCACGCGCUCGUUAUAACCGUCUACGAACUCUUAUGCGAGAGUGAGCGGAAUGGUCACUCGGACCACCGACUUUUCCAGAUGAUGCCAAAGGCCCACCAGGAGGCCUGCCUGUCAUCUGCAAGGAGCAUCUCUCAGCUGAUGCGCCUUCACCGUUCCGCGUGKGGUGUUGAACGCAUGCCACAAGGCACCAGCCAGCCGAUCAACAUGGCCUUGCUCGUCUUACUCGAACGCCUGGAUCCGCGAAAGCUGCGUCUCGGCGAUGGAGCUCGUGCAAAGCUGCUCUGGAUAGGAUUCGCACGCGGGGCUAUUAUCCAUGGCCUUCAUCUACCGACCGAGACAGAUUCGUUAUUUGCUGACUUUGAAAAGCGACCCAAAAAUGAGCCUUCAGACGAGUCUCCGUUCACCGCGGCCGAAACGAUCGAAACCUCGGAUGGCGAGGGUUCUGACUUGUGA